AUGGCCCAAGGACUAUGGGAUGGUAUUGAAGGUGUUGUUUCUCGUCCUUUAAAUGGGGCACGAACUACUGGCAUUGCGGGUUUCUGUACAGGCAUAGCCACUGGAGCUGUUGGGCUUCUCACUAGACCAGUCGCGGGUGUUCUGGAUGGGUUUGGAAAUACGGCAGAGUUUUAUUCUAAACUUUUACAAGAACCCGAAAGAAUUUCUAAUGCACACGAGGAUUAUCUU